ACAGUAAGAUGAAUACAGUCAGUUAUCAACUUUAGUUAUAAAAUUAAGUUGAUUCAGUGUUUUAUAGAAAAUCCUAAUAAAUAACAUAGGAGUUUGUAAUUGUAACGUAUUAAAAUGUAAAAAAAAUGUUCAAGAGGUUUAAAUUUUCUGAGAAGGCACUUUGAAUACAAUUAUAUGGAUGCAUUUAAUACACACACACACACACACACACACACACAAAAUGAAGCGCGUAGACUGUGUGCGCACCACCUACCCACUCAGCAACCCUCUAGGACUUGUGCGUCAAGAGGUUUGGCACAAGACUCCAGAGCGCGUAAACAGAAGCACAUUGUCUGUGCCGCCGCUGUCCAGUCUGCACGCUGAGAGCCGCUGUGAGCAGUCAUUCCCCCUGAUCUGGACAGAGAGCGGAUUUACUUAAACCGGAUUCUUUUUUCGAAUCUCUCGCUCCGCACGUCUAAGGUAGAGCAAAUCCUAUCUUUUAAUUGCGAAAUUAGUGGAUACGUCUUCAUUUAAAGGUUGCAAACUGACUAUUGUUAUUCCUCCGCGGCGGGGAAAGCCUAGAGGAGAAUUCCAUCUUCUGCAAAACAGGACUUGAAGAGGUCAUGCCGUGCCUCCAGAACCAGUGCGGCUCCUCUCCACAAGGCGCCAGCCCUGCGUCUCAGAGCGCCGGCGCAGAGCGCACCUGUGACUUCCUCACGCCGGAGUUUGUCAAGUUCAGCAUGGACCUGACGAACAGUGAACUCUCGGCUGCCUCAUCCGGAGCCGGUUUCGGCCCUCUGGCGGACAGCUACCCCGCCAGCUACGACGCGAAGCCGCCAUGCGUCUUCCAGAUGCCGGCGGUGCAGGCGGAGCUGCCGUGCGUCAAAGUGGAGGAUGCUCAAGGAUGUCCGCGCUAUCAGAAUCCCCUGCACUCUUCGGAUGAGCUGCUCUCCUCCCAGAGCUCCAUGUAUUAUUACCGAAACCCUUCACCGCGCAGCUUCCAUUCUCCACAUGGACACAUCUGGGAGGAUUCCGGCUCACUGUACAAAAACGCCCUCUCCAGGUUUUCCCUGUUUUCUCUAAAACACACACCGCACGGUGCCCAGAGCUUCCCCACUUGCCAGAUGAAAUUUGACGUUUCUGAGGUCCAGCAGCAAGGGAAACAGCUCGGGAUAGGCUUCCCUCGGCCUCUCCAGUUCUCCCACAGCCACCACUAUAUGGAAUACCAGACCUCUUCGGGAGCCGGGCGAGGACUGAUGAACUCGGACGGGUUGUGCGCGGUGUGCGGGGACAACGCAGCCUGUCAGCAUUAUGGAGUGCGCACUUGCGAAGGCUGCAAGGGCUUCUUCAAGAGAACGGUGCAAAAAAAUGCCAAGUAUGUGUGUUUGGCUGCAAAAAGCUGCCCUGUAGACAAGCGACGGAGGAACCGAUGCCAGUACUGUCGCUUCCAGAAGUGCCUGGCAGUGGGAAUGGUCAAAGAAGUGGUGAGGACGGACGGUCUUAAAGGCAGAAGAGGUCGUCUGCCGUCCAAACCUAGAGCUCUGCCUGACUCACUUUUGCAUGGCAGCACCCUUCUGAGUGCACUCAUUAGGGCACAUAUAGAGUCAAACCCUCCAACGUCUCGCCUCGACUAUUCCAAAUUCAAGGAAAGUCCAGGAAAAAUGCUGGGUGACGAUGCGCAGCACGUCCGUCAGUUCUAUGACCUUUUGACAAGAUCGAUGGAGGUCAUACGGAGUUGGGCGCAUAGAAUCCCAGGUUUUGCCACCCUACCUAAGCAUGACCAAGACCUCCUCUUUUAUUCAGCUUUCCUGGAGCUAUUUGUCUUACGACUGUCAUACAGAUCCAAUCCAGAAGAGGGAAAAUUGGUCUUCUGCGACGGGUCCGUGUGGCAUCGACUACAGUGCCUGCGAGGCUUUGGGGAGUGGAUCGACAGCAUUGUUGAAUUCUCCGCCAACCUGCAGAGGAUGAACUUGGAUGUUUCCACCUUCUCCUGCAUCUGCACCCUGGCUUUACUCACUGAGCGCCACGGGCUGAAGGAACCAAAGAGGGUUGAGGAUUUGCAGAACAAUGUGGUCAGGUGUUUAAAAGACAACGGAACUGCAGGUCCGGAUGGUGGAGGCCCAAACCACUGGUCCAACCACCUGUCCAAACUUCUGGAGAAACUGCCUGAACUUCGCACUCUGUGCAUCCAAGGCCUGCAGAGGAUUUUCUACCUGAAGCUGGAGGACCUUGUUCCACCGCCUGCUGUGAUAGAUAAGUUAUUCCUGGACACGCUGCCAUUUUAGAGACUUUUUUUUUUUUUACCCAGAUGGAGAUGUUUAACUUCUUCUGUCCAUAUUCAUCAGUGAUUCCUGGCAAUCUGAGAUCUGUGCUCUGCAAAAAAACGGUAAAAAAAUCGAAAUUUAAGUUGCUGUGUGAGUCUCUUUGGGCCAAACACAGCAUAUAAAACUUAAAGCUGAUGAGGUUUUGCCCUCUACAAACUGCAAUUCUUUAUAGAUUAACUGUAAAUUGAGUAAAACUACAUGUUUAAACACAUUUUGCUGCCUGUUCAGCUUGUAUAAAAGUGUUUUGAUACAGCACAAGUGCUUGUUUUUUCAUGCUUAUAUUUAUUUGUGAAAUAUUGUUUAGUAAUAUUAGCUACAAAUGGUCAGCUGUGUUUAGCCUGUCAGUCAUUUCCAUGAUUUAAUAAAAGACAAAGUUGAAUUUAAAGUAUUUUUGAUUGACCUUUAUAUUUUUAUGUUAUGUAUUUUCAUUUAAUGAAUUUUCCUAUUCUACAUUAGGGAACAAAAUAUUUUAAUGUGAUAUUUCACUAUGAUGAAUAGUUACAGUAUCCUGACGUUUUGUAACAUAACGACAUGCAUCAGUGUAUUUUAUUUAGAUUUUAUAUAUUAGAUCUACACAAAUUAGUGCAUAAAUGUAAAGUAGGAGAAAAAUGACACAUGGAUUUUAAAGGAUCUGCGUCAGAAAACCAACACUGCACAUCACCCUGAACACAUCAUUCUCACAAUGAAACAUGGUGGUAGAUGCAUCAGGCUGUGGAGAAACAUUUGCUGAUUUUUUUCCCCAUUAUCUUUUGCAAAACAGCUCAAGGUCAGUCAUAUUGGCUAGAGUUUUGAGGGCUUGAUAUCUCAAUUGGAUUAACGCCUGGACUUUGACUAGGUCAUUCUAACACUUGAACAUGCUUUGAUCUAAACGAUUCAAUUGUAGAUCUGGCUGUAUAUUUAGGGUUCCGAAAACUUAAAGCCUCUAACAGGUUUUUCUAAAAGCAUCACCCUUGAUUUAGUCACGUUAUAUCCAUCUUCUCCACUACAUGAUGCUGCCACCACAUUGAUUUACAGUGUGGAUGGUGUAUAUAGGGUAAUGCAUGGUGUCAUGUCUUCUGUCGUAUUUCACUUCUCAGACAUUUAAUUGGAAAAACAAAAAAAAACAAAAAAUGAAAACCAUGUAUCUGUUUUCUUUCAACUCACAAAUAUGCACUGUUAGAAAAUCCAAAUGAGUUUAAUGGUUGUAGCAUUACAAAAUGUGUAAAUGUUGAAAGGGGUUUUAUACUUUCAUACACUCCUAAACUUUGUAGAAGAUGUUUGUGGAAGUUGUUUUUAAGUAAAUAUUUUAUGUGGUAAUUUUGUGAUACGGACCUAAUGGGCAGUUGCCCAGGGCAGUAUUAGAGGGAUGCAAAAAACCAAACUCCAGAUAAAAAAUAUCACUUACAUGUCAAUUGUGCUCUGAACAAGUUUUCUAUUGCUUUAAUACUUAUUUUGGGUAGGCGCCUCCUACUUGCUUCAAAUCUCCUGUGUUUUAAUUGGUUGGGAGGAGGCAGGCCGAGGAUCUUGCCCAGAUUGCUGUGCCACUUAAAGUUAGCACAAAAAGGUAAAUUUCUUUGUGAAAAUCAAUCUAUUUACCAUAAAACAUGUUUUUGCAAAUACAUUUUUUUGUUUCUAUAAAAAAAAUAAAAGCCAAAGAGAAUAAUUAUUAUGUACAUCCUAAGGGAUUGAUUUUUAUGACUCCAGAAUGUGCUUUUAAAGCUGUUGG